AUGAACGGCCCAGGCGAGAUAAUGUUCAAGCAGUUUUGGCGCGAGCUUUCUAAGGAAGGUUGGAGGCCACGUCAGCCGGUCGGACUUGCCAAGCACCACCGCUACGUGAGGCCUGGGGUCAAGGGUCGUCUAGAUGAAGCGAGACGCGGGGAGGACUUCUUUGAAGGCGAAGAAGAACUAAUGGUUGCAGCCAUGUCCGUGUUCCAGUCCGGUGAAUACGAAUGA